AUGCCCAAAAAUCGCCCUGCCACGUCGGGAUAUGCCCGUCUCGCCCAGGAGGAAGAACGCGGCUACCUCCACGACGACUCCGAAGAUGACGACCUCGGUGCCGCCCCCUCCACGGUCUCGACUUCCGCCCCUCGGUAUGCCCCCAUUUCCUCUCGAGCCCAGAUGCAGGCGUCCGGUCUCGCCACGCCCCCCGGGCAUCGACGCAGACACAGUGGAUUCCAACGCCGAGGGCGUCGGAACUCCGGUGUUGACAUCAAGGCAAUCAAUGCGCGCUUUGAGCGCUGGGCGGAAGAGAUCGCCGCCAAGUUUAAAAUCAAUCGAGUUAAGGGCAAGACCUACGAGGAAGAGAAGCUGGAGAUCUACCACUCCGUCUUCCAGCCUCCUCCCGGUGUUCGACCCGUAACCACGGAGCAGCUAGAGUCGGACGAAUUUGAGGGCCUUCAACGGAGAGCACGAGCCGAAUACGAGGAGAUCAUUGAAAGUGUCCGCCUAGCGAUUGAGCUGGACGUGCACCCACGAAUGAUUUCACAGGGAAGUUCGGGUAGUUAUUUUGCUCGCAACCCUGAAGGCAAGGUGGUGGGUGUCUUCAAACCCAAGGAUGAAGAGCCCUACGCAUCCCGCAACCCCAAAUGGACCAAGUGGAUUCACCGGAACUUGUUCCCCUGUUUCUUUGGCCGAGCCUGUCUCAUUCCCAACCUCUCCUACGUCUCCGAAGCCGCCGCGUACGUCCUCGAUGCCCGCUUGCGUACCAAUAUGGUCCCUUACACCGACAUUGUUUACCUUUCCUCGAAGUCAUUCUUCUACGAUUUUUGGGACCGGCGCAAGGCAUGGAAGGGGAAGAAGAUACUGCCUCCCAAAGCCGGCAGCUUCCAGGUUUUCCUCAAAGGAUAUAAGGAUGCUAAUAUUUUCCUCCGCGAGCACCCUUGGCCCGACCAGAGCAACACCGGCUUCCGCGCCGAAGAUGCUCCGAAGCGCAAGAAGCACCCGUGGAACGAAGCCUGCCGUCCGUCAGGCGUGGAGUCUGACGACGAGGAUGACAACGAGAACGGUUACAUGCCUUCGCCAAAUCCGCGUGACGAAAGCCGUGAGCGUCGAUUUAACUGGACCGAGAACCUCAUGCAGUCUUUCCGCGAGGAGUUGGAAAAGCUAGUGGUUCUGGAUUAUAUCAUGCGAAACACGGAUAGAGGUUUGGAUAACUGGAUGGUCAAGAUUGACUGGGGCAAUGAGCAAGUCUCCAUUGUGGCGGAUCCUCCGCAACCCAACGAGAACACGCCCAAACACGACGAGGACGAACUCCUUCCCCCUCCCCGACCGAUCUCUGUGAAUUCGAAUGGUGCCUCCCCCCAUCCUUAUAGACGACAUGAUCCAAUGCAAGCCGUCAGUCGAACGGGAACACCUUUGGCAUCGUCGGAGCAGCAAGCUUCGAUUCAGAUCGGUGCCAUCGACAACAGUCUAUCAUGGCCAUGGAAACAUCCAGACGCAUGGCGAAGCUUCCCCUUCGGCUGGCUUUUCCUCCCGGUUUCCUUGAUCGGACAGCCUUUCUCGCAAAAGACCCGUGAUCACUUCCUGCCAUUGUUGACGUCGACUGCGUGGUGGACCGGCACGCAAAUGGCUCUGCGUCAGGUGUUUUCCCAGGAUGAUGAUUUCAAGGAAAGCAUGUUCGCCCGGCAAAUAGCCGUCAUGAAGGGUCAGGCCUGGAACGUGGUUGAGACCUUGAAGCAGCCUGACCACGGCCCUCUCGAGUUGACUCGAAGAACUCGGGUCUGCGUGUGGGAUGACUUGGUGGAUGUGCCCGUUGCCAUUCCUAUGCAAGCGCCAACCUCCGAGAUGCAAAGACGUCAGACCGCAAAAUACGACCCAGACGAAGAGGAGAUGGAUAUCGGAGCGGCGAAUUCAUCUCAGCAAAUGCCCGAACUUGAGCACGAUCUUUUGGGACUUGGCUCUGAUCUGCCCAAUCCGAACCGUUUCGAACUCUCCCGGGGCCGCAGUGAUGGUGACACGCACGAAGCCACCGAUUCAUUCGGCAGUCCCGCAGCCUUGAACGAAAACGAUUUCCCUCGACAGACCGCUGACGGCACCUAUGCGAGGUCCCUGGAUGGGUGGCCUUCGCUGCCCGCUAGACCGAAUAAACAUCGCAAACACGGGGGCUCUUUAUCCUUCCGCGUGCCUCAUGUCAACACAUUUGGCAGUGACGACCUGGAAGGUGAUCUCGGGUAUGCUGCCGCCGAGGGAAUGGAAGGCAACCAGCGCAAGGUGAUCGUGGAGCGCCUUGAGGCCGUCAAGAGCAAAAACCCCGUCUUCACCUGGUGCUAA